GUCAGAUGUCAUAUGAUCAGCCUCUCUUUGGCAUUAAACUACUGGAAAAAGAAUGGCGGACACAACAAACUGGAACCCUCUUGGUGAGGUGUACUACAGAACUGUGGAAGUUUAUGAUAUGCUUUGGCAAGACAAGAUAAACCUUUCACGGUAUAAAGUUGCUGCUGGUACAUUUGGAGGUCCUAUAGCAAUCACAAAAGAUGAUGUUUCAGCUGGAAGUCAAACAGUGUACAUAUUUUCAGCAUCAGGAAAACAGAUGGCAACUUUUAAUGCUGAUGGUGGUAGACUUGUAAAGAUUGGCUUUGCUGUCAAUGAAGAUCUCAUUUGUGUGUCGGAAAAUGGUCAUGCCUACAUAUAUGAUCUCUUUGGCAAUUUCCAAAGGCAGUUUUCACUUGGAAUGGAGGUACAGAAGUCAAGAAUUAUUGACUGCUCGAUUUUUGCCAGUUACUUCGGAACUGGAAUUUGUGUCAUUUCUGGAGACUACGAGUUUUACGUCGUCAAUAAUAUAGAUGAUGUCAAGAUUAAAAGGCUUCAGUCUCCCUUUGUUGAAGCUCCACCAAGUAGCUGGGUUGUACUGUCACCUCCUGAAGAACAAGGGGCCAAAGUUUUAAUGGCCAAGGACAACAGCCUCUAUGAGCUAGAUGUAGUUCAAGCCAAGCCAAAGAGUCUUGCAAGUCACCAUGAAGUUUCAUCAUAUACUGAGAUGGCAGUUUCAUUCAAUCAAAAGUACAUCGCCGUACUUGCUGAUACUGGCUUGCUUUGGAUAGGCUCUUCGAAUCUAAAGGACGAGUACUGUGUAUACGACACACACUUGCAAAUGCGACCAAAGCAGCUUGUUUGGUGUGGAUCAGGAGCAGUGGUUGGGUACUGGGAAAGCUAUUUGCUUAUGGUUGGGCCUACGAGAGAUACAGUCAAAUUUUAUCUGGAUUCAAACUCAUGUUUGGUGCAAGAGGUUGAUGGAUUAAGAAUUAUUGGAAACGAAAAACACCAGUUUCUUCAGAAAGUGCCAGCCGAAGUCGAAGAUGUGUUCAAGCUUGGCUCAGUGAAGCCUGGAGCAAUGUUAUACGAUGCAAACAUCGAAUACGAGAAUAUGCGAGUGAGAGUCGAUGACUACAUGAGGACAAUCAAGAACCAUCUGCAGGAGGCUGUGCAUGCCUGUAUCAAGGCUGCGGGGCAGGAGUUUGAACCCAAGGCACAGAGAGGACUCAUGAAGGCUGCGUCAUUUGGUAAAAGUUUUCUUAAAGACAUGAGACCCCAAGCAUUCGUCGAAAUGUCACAGACAUUAAGGGUCCUCAAUAAUGUGAGACACUAUAAAAUUGGCAUCCCAUUGACAUUCGAAGAACUUCAACGACUUACACUACCAGUUUUGAUUGACAGGCUUAUUCUAAGGCGUCACUACCUAUUAGCAAUACGAAUAUGCGAUUACUUACGGAUACCAAAGAGAGAAGGGGCCAGCAGAAUCCUCGCACAUUGGGCUUGUCAGAAAGUGAAGCAGGUAGGCGUCGAUGAUGAACAGCUAGCAAGAGAAAUAGCUGCGAAACUGGGCGACACUCCUGGUAUUUCCUACACAGAGAUUGCCUCAAAUGCUUUAGAACAAGGAAGAACGGCCUUGGCUGUCAAGCUGUUAGAAUAUGAACCAAAGGCGUCGAACCAGGUACCCCUUCUUCUCCGAAUGGCGAAUUAUGACAUGGCACUGCAGAAGGCUGUCGACAGUUACGAUUCCGAACAAGUGUACCUAGCAAUGGAGCACAUUAGAGCAGGCGACAAACAUGGCGAUUUCCUAAUGAAAAUAAGGAACUACCCAUUGGCUUUCAGUCUGUUUAUCAAGAGAUGCAAGCAGGUUGAGCGCGAGACACUUGUGAAUCUCUACUUACAAGAAGACCAGUUCAGAAACAGCGGCAAUAUGUAUGUUCAAGACAGUUUUUCUGAAACCACGUUGGGUUCGAGAAUAAAGCAACUUGGAAUUGCUAGAGAGUCAUUUGAUAACAGAGGACAGCAGGUUUUCCCUUUUGGUGUUCAGGUGACUACAGAACAGAUAAAACUUUUGGAAUUCCAAAAGAGGCUUGGGGAUGAAUUUGGGGAGAAAUACCUCAGUCUGUGCAUGUACGACACGUUGCACAAGCUAAUUUGUUGUGGACAUCAAAAGCACGCUGAAACAAUGCGAAAAGAUUUCAAUAUUCCUGAUACCAGAUUCUGGUGGAAGAAGAUCCAAGCUCUUGGAGAAGUUCGAAACUGGCAAGAAUUAGAAAAGUUCUCGAAGAGUAAAAAGUCACCAAUUGGCUACGAGCCGUUUGUUGACGUGUGUCUUUCCAACGGUCCAGCAUUGAAUGAAGCUGCAAAGUAUAUCCAGAAAGUGCCAAUUGACAAGAGAGUGAAGAUUUACAUGAAAAUGGGUUAUAUGGAUCAGGCAGCUGAAACAGCCUUUCAAACAAAGAGUAUAGAUGACCUGAAUUCCAUCCAAUACAAAUGUUCCGGAAAUAGAGAACUGACCGAGAAGAUUCAAAUGUAUAAGUCGCAGUUGUCAUAUAAAAGGUAGACCUGGCCGGUCUUAUUCAAAUUGUGCCCGUGCUGUUGUCGGCUAUUGCAGAUCUAUUCUCCUUUUUCAUAUCAUUGCCAUUCUUGAGACUAUUUCAAGCUUAAAUAAAUUGUUUUGUAUUGAAGAAUCUUAAUAAUUGUAGAUGUAAUCAGAUUUAUUUGUAUUUUCAAAGUUUGAAAUAGGCCUAUGGAGAGUGCACUUGAUCUGAUGUGUUGAUGUCUGUUUUUCUCCAUAUCGACACAAUCCCUGUCCAUUUUUUUCAUUAUCAUUCCAAAGACCAUGAUAUAGCAUUGAAAUCUGUCUGAUUUAAGAUAAAACAGUAAAAAAAUAGUACAUAGAAUCCGAUCCCUAAGCAAAAGAGUUUUGAAAUACACCAGCUAUCACCUCUUUCAUUCAAAUUAUUACCAGUUUCAAACCAGUUAUUAGCUUAGUCGACUAAAGAUACAGCUAAGCUGCUUUUUACAUCUUGUUUAAUAUAUUUUGUAAAAUAAGAUAUUCUGCGUAAAUCGUCUCUAGUUGAUAAGAAAUUUGCUGAUUUUUUUUCCCACAGCAAUUGCCGUUAUUUGCAU